AGCGGCCGAAGAAGACUCGUGUCGCUCUCCGCAGCGUCGCCAUGUCCUCGGUGUUCGGAAAACCCCGCGCGGGCAGCGGGCCGCAGAGCGCGCCGCUCGAAGUCAACCUGGCCAUCCUAGGGCGCCGCGGGGUCGGCAAGUCCGCCCUGACUGUGAAGUUUCUGACCAAGAGGUUUAUCAGCGAAUAUGAUCCCAACUUGGAGGACACCUACAGCUCUGAGGAGACUGUGGACCACCAGCCUGUCCACCUGAGGGUCAUGGACACGGCGGACCCGGUAAUAUUACCCCCAUUACCCAUGGAGAGCUGAGAGUCAGUGUAGCCUCCCGAGAAGACCUGGCCCAGAGUACAGAGCCUCAGAUGGAAAUUUGGAUCCAUUCUAAGCUCCAGUUUGCUGUGUGACCCUGAACGAGGCACUGACCUCUCUGGGCCUGGAUCUUUCAUUUGCCAAAUGAGAAGGAUGGGAUGGGUCCUAGGGAGACCUGGUGAUUGCUGACAUCAGCUCCGAGAACCUAUGUUGUGGCACUUGCUCAUGCACACAUGGAGACAGGUGCAAACCUGUUCACAGAUGCCCCCGGUGGGAGCUCCUCAGCCCAAGUUCCCUUCCCCCAACACACACAUCUCCCCCGUGUCCUCACCACCCUGCCAAGGCCAGAUGCCAGUUAUUCUCAUGAGCCAAAGGGGCAGCAUGAACCUGACCCAAAACCAGCAGUGCCCAGGGACAGCGGGGUCUCUGGAGGGGCCAUGCUAGCGUCUUUGGCUCUGUGCCUAUGGGACCAAGGUCUCCAAGUCUCUGGCUGGGUGGUGGGAGGGAAGUUUAUGAGACAAUGUCUCCUUUCACGCCAAGCCAAAUCCACAGUCAAGUGCCCCUUUGAAAAGGGCUCUGCUGGGGAACAAUAUACAAAGACCCAGGGAGUGGGGAGGUGGGACGGGGCAGCUCAGGUGAAGGCCUUUCUGCUGAACCUCUUCUGUCCCUGAGUGGGCCUUCCCUCCUCCUCCCCAGGACAUCC